CGGAAAGAGAAUCAUUUGUUCUCAUUCGGAUUUUUUUUAUUUGUGUGAAGUGCUGUGAAAAUGGCGGCCAGCAUUGCCGGUGUGUUCACCGAUGAUCUCAAAAAUGCUGUGGAAACAUCCAAAGUUCUUGUUGUUGGUGCAGGUGGAAUUGGUUGUGAAAUCCUGAAGAAUCUCGUUUUGUCAGGGUUCAAAGACAUCGAAAUUAUCGAUUUGGACACCAUUGAUGUCAGUAAUCUCAAUCGACAGUUUCUCUUUCAAAAGCAGCAUGUUGGCAAGUCUAAAGCUGUUGUGGCUAGAGAGAGUGCCUUGAGUUUCAACCCUGAUGUAAAAAUUGUAGCCAAUCAUGACAGUAUUAUAAAACCAGACUACAGUGUCAACUAUUUUAAGCAAUUCCGAAUGGUCUUGAACGCUCUAGACAAUAGAGCAGCUCGCAACCAUGUGAAUAGGAUGUGCCUAGCUGCUGACAUUCCUCUCAUUGAAAGUGGAACCGCUGGGUACGAUGGCCAGGUGGAACUCAUUAAGAAAGGGAUGACAAAAUGUUAUGAAUGUGAGCCGAAAGCUGCUCAGAAAACUUUCCCUGGAUGCACUAUUCGUAAUACUCCAUCAGAACCCAUUCAUUGCAUUGUCUGGGGUAAACAUCUCUUUAAUCAGCUCUUUGGUGAGUAUGACGCUGACAAUGAUGUAUCCCCAGACACUGAGGAUCCAGAAGCAGCUGGUGCCGCAGGGGAAUCUGCUUUGAAAACCAAAGCAAAUGAACAGGGUGACAUUGAACGUGUUACUACAAGACAAUGGGCUCAGCAAAGCGGUUAUGAUAGCGCCAAAUUAUUCCACAAACUCUUUCACGAUGACAUUAAGUAUUUGCUAAGUAUGCACAAUCUCUGGGAAAAGCGUCGCAAGCCUACUCCCUUAAAAAUGAACGAGCUUCCAGAUGCUGUUGCAGGUAGUAGCAAGGAUAAUUCUGCAGAAGGAUUGAAAGAUCAGCGCCCAUGGAGUAUUGUUGAGUGUGGACAAAUUUUUUCCCGCAGUUUACAGUCUCUUAAGACCAAGUUUGAGGAUUUGCAGUCCAAAAAUAAAGAUGAUCACCUCGUCUGGGACAAAGAUGACAAGGAUGCCAUGGACUUUGUUGCUGCAUGUGCUAACAUUAGGGCAUACAUAUUUGGAAUACCUCAAAAAACCAGAUUUGAUAUUAAAUCCAUGGCUGGAAAUAUUAUCCCAGCCAUUGCCACCACCAAUGCUAUAAUCGCUGGUCUUGUUGUGCUCAAUGCAUUCAAUAUUCUCCAAAAUCGCCUUGAAAGUUGUCAUUCAGUCUAUUGCCGACUCAGACCCAACCAUAGAGGUCAGCUAAUUGUACCAGAACGGGGUUUAAAUCCUCCAAAUGAGAAAUGUUACGUAUGCCGUGACUCCCCCCAGAUUGCAGUAUCUGUGGAUGUCAACAAAUUGACUGUAAAGGAAUUGGAAGAACGCGUUCUGAAAUCCCUCCUUAAUAUGGUGCAACCGGAUGCUGUGAAAGAUUCAACAGGAGACGUUGUUAUAAGUAGUGAAGAGGGAGAAAUGGAAGGAACAUACCAUAAAAGUCUUGCUGAAAUGGGAAUAUUGGAUGGUACUGUUCUAUCAGUAGACGACUUUGUUCAGAACUAUAGCCUUCAAGUCAUCAUCAACCACAGGGAAGCUGAACACAACAAGCCAGAUAUUGAGAUAGUUGGUGAUCAAAGCAAAUGCCAACCGAAGGCUGAAGAGGAAAAGUCAAAUGGUGGUUCUGGAGACAAUGCAGAGGAAGAGGAUGAUCUUAUGUUGCUUGAUGAAGUUGAAGAAACUCCUUCUGCAAAGGCUGAACGUAAGCGUAAGCAAGAUUCAGCUGAGGAGAGCCCUGUGUCUAAGAAACUACGCACCAGUGAUGUGAUAGUUCUAUGAGUCUACAAUUUGAUCAUUGUCAGCAGUAUUGCGUCUACCAAUAUUGUAUAAGUUUAUUUACCAAGUGUACAUUAAGUUUUGAAUUAUAAAUCUGAUGUAAUUCUAUUUUGAAGACCUGGAACUGGAAACUUGUUCGCUUCAUCUGUUAAUUUUCUUGUUAUUUACUAGUUUGUCAAUCAAGUUGAAGAUGACUCAGUACUUAUCUCACAAUAAAUCACUCUUAUUUAUUUUGAUUCUGUCCUUGUCGCCUUGUCAAAACACUACAGUGUGCCCCUUCAUUGUGUCACUACUGAAUAUAUGUUUCUUUGAAGUAAUAAACACCGUUUUAGUACUCUA